CCGGGGCGCGACCCCGCCCUCCCGCUCCUCCGCUGGCCGGCCGGUCUCUGCCGCUCUCUCUCCGUCUCUUUUGGGUUCACUUUGCAAAUUACCGUUUGUUCAUUUAAAUGCGUCAGUUUUAAAUCUGUCUGACAAAGCACGAGCUGGUCUGGUCGUAUUGUGAAGUGGUAGAAUAUGGGGGUUUUCCCCUUUUAUGUGUAAACUCGGAUAGUUGACGUGAGGGAAUAGACAAGCUAAAAAAAAUCUAUGAUCUCUUCAGAUGUCAUGGUUUACUAGUUAAAUAUUGUGUCUCUCUGUGUUAAUGUCUCAUUGGGUUGAUUAAUUCAUUGAUCUGUUUUAAUUAACAAAGGUGAAGACUGAAGCAAUUCUUUCAAAUUCAGACCCAGCAAUCUUCACAAGACAUAAUCAACUCAUUUUUGAAAAGUGUCAAAAAGAUAAUUUAUUUCUUUGGAUGUUCCUCUUGACAGUGUACGGAUUCAUUUUGAGGAUGGAUAAAGGCGCAACUGCUAAAUCAUCAUCUGCUGUGUUCACCUCAAAUGCCGCUAAAGGAUGGAUGAAGAAGAGGGAUGGAGCGUUACAAGCUGCAAAGUGGAAUGCUUCUUUAGCUUCUAAAAUCAAAACUAAAUUAAUAAAAUAGAACUCUUAUUGGAAUAGAUGCAUUUUUGAAUGAAAACCUCUUAACUGCAAUUGAAAUAAGCAGUACUUCUGAGGAUCUCCAGAGUUCCUUUCCGCUGUCAGCUGGCCCAAGCAGCCCUACUGGUGCCAAGUUCAGGAGUGCGCGUCGGUCAGCUCGGUAGGUGAUUGUGUGAAAUGCCAAAGGUGGUUGGUGUCUGUGGCUUUUUCUUACAGCUGAUCUUUGUACAACAUUGUCCUAGCUAGUUUUCAGGUAAGGAGAAGCCAUCUCCUGUUUAACUCAGAAAUUACUUGUUUGCAACUCAGAAUUUAAAGAGAGAGCAGUAGACAAAACUUGUGUUUGAGUAACUCACUGCUCGUAUCAUGUGAUCUCACCAGCCCAAAGCAGGAUUCUCUAUCAUCAAAAAUACAUUUGCCCCAAGACAGAACCCGAUAUCAUACUUGAGUUCUUGUUUUCAGCUAUUAUACAUUAUUAAGGGAACAUUUUGAACAAUUGAAUGUCAUGAUGGAAAAUUUAAUAAAAAUCUUCACAGUAAAAUUUUCUCUUUUCAGAUCUGCAGAAUUGCCAGCAAAGCUUCCUUUAAUUGCAACAGCUAAUGCAAAGCAGCAAGGUAGCCCUUCUCUGGGCGAAGCAUCAAAUUCUUACAAGUGUACCACUAAUUUGACAGAGCAAGUGCAUUCAGAUCAAGUCAAGUUUGCAUCACUCUUGUCUCCUGGUACUAAUAAUCAAAAGUUCAUUGAAACAGAACCAAUGGUUGACAAUAAUAGGUUUUUGAAAGAAAAUCAACUGUGUGCAGAAUUAAGCUGCAAUAGUGCCUUCCUAACUCAUGGGAAAAAUAUACAACCCUUAGAACAAUCUGAGGAGCCUACAGAACAGUACUGUGGUCGUUUAUUGCCAUCCUAUGAAAAUGUGACUGAAAGAAAGAAAAAUGCAGUAUUUUGUAAAUCAAAAACUCAACCUAAUAUAAAGGAUUUUGAUGAAAAAUGUAGGUCAUUGAAUCUGCCUCAUCAUGUCAUCAACAGUAGCAACAACACCAAUGAUAGGAAUUUGCAGGAAGGUUCAAGUGACUUGUCUUGCCUUAUUCUUUCACCUCUUAAAUUUAACAGUGAAAGUGAGACAGAUUUUAAGAAGUUGCUUUUUACUGACAAGAUGAAGCCUGAAGAAACUGUUUAUGAUGCUGAUAUGGAGUUGACUGCCAGUGAUGCAAGUGAACUACUCACAGUUACAGGAAAAGGCAAUUAUAAAUUGCACCAAAAUAAAACUAAUAAUGCCAAUUCUGACAAAAUAUUACCAAAUUUCAGAAAAGUAAAAUAUUCUAAGAAGGAUAAAGAAAAAAUUAAAAGCAAGCCUGAAGUCCAUUCAAAUUUGCAUGCAGAAGAAAGGCUCUCUAUGGCUGACAAUAGUGGAACUUCAGAAACUACUGAUUCACAAACUCAGCUAUUCCAAAGUCAGACGGAACAGCUGCCUACAGGAAAUUCUGUAGAGCAACAGAAUAGAACAAGUAAAGCUAAAGAUUCCAGGAGGACAUACCAGGUAAAUGUAAUGAAUCCAAGAAAACAAGAGACAAAUACAGGAACAUUCUCAGAAAUGUUUGGAGAAGUGGAAAGCAGAAUACCAAACACAGACUCAUGCUUAUCUGUUAAUAAGAUCCCACCAGAAGUUUAUUGUGCUGAAAAUUUACCAUUCCAAGAUAACAUUUCUGACGUUUUGGCUUCACAGGAGGGCUUUCUGAAUACAAAUGAGAAAGAUAACAAACCAACAAUAAAGAGGAAAACUUCUCAAAACCUUUCCAAAGCAAACACAGAAAAAUCCUGUAGAAAGGAAAAUGGCCAGUAUGGAGAAUAUAUUUCAAAAAAAUCUCAAACAGAGAUAAACCAAUGUGACAGCAGCAAGAGAAAACAAGACCAGAAGAAUAUUACACAGCAAAAAAACAACAAAAAAAGUAGUUGCAGACAAGGUAGAGAAGCUGAAAAUGACAGCCCUCAUAAAGUUGGUCAGAAAGUAGACCAAAUGAGCAGCCAUUUUUCACCAGGCAGAUUGAAGCGUACUUUGGCAAAGGCCAGCCGGAAAGCAUAUGUAAUACCAAAGGAAAAUCUUACACGGUUCUCAGUUUGUAAAAAUGUACAAUUAAAAAAUAAGGAUUCAUUGCUUGCAGAGGCUGGAAAGAAAGUAACUGUAACUCAGCAAAUGAAAGCAGCUUUAGUUACUCAGAAUGGUUUAGCUCUGAAUACACCACAAGCUAAAGAACAGGUUGAUGAUGAUGCUAACAGGUUAAAGAAGGUAGAUUCCUCAGCAGUGGCAAGUAAAACCUCCCACAUCAGUCAUUUUCCCGAUAAGCAUGCAAAGCAGAAACAGAGGUUUAGUUCUGAUACUAUUGAGACCAGACGAGAAAAAAGUGAUUUCAAGCAUAUUGCUCAGGGGGGUCAGAAUAUUUUGGAUGACCGGGAAGUCCCUCAUGAAAUGAAUUCCUUUGUGAGUGAGUUGAAGCCUGUGGUUGAAGUUGAAUGCUGUAAGAACAUGCCAUUUAAGGCAGAUAGCUCUUCCCAGGAAGGUCUUCCUGAUAUGGAGCUCCCAGCUCUUGAUAAGCAGAAUGCUUCCAUCAACUUCUCUAUACUGAAAAGCUCUGAAAUCCACAGGCAAAAUGAUCAUAAUGAAGCACCGGAUGCUGAAAAAAAAGAACAAAAUAUGGAUCAUAUUUCUAAACAGAGUAACAAAAAUACUCAUACACCUUGUCAUGGGAGAAAAGCUUUCCAAGAACUGACAAAUACUAGUGUACAAUUUCAUACUUCUGUACCUAAAUCCCCCCCAACUUUAGAAGACUCAGCAGCACCACUGAGACGAGGCAGACGCACUAUUUGCUACAAGGAACCCAGUCUUCACAGCAAAUUAAGGAGAGGGGAUCAAUUUACAGAUACACAAUUCCUGAAUUCCCCAAUCUACAAAGUAAAAAAUAAAGGAAAUUUUAAAAGCAAAUCAAAAUUUUAUUGAGGAAGAGAGAACGGCCUUUAUGGACAAUACUUCUAAAAUGGGUACAAUUGUUUAUGUAUAUAUGUAAAUGUUUAGCAGUAUAGAGUGUUUGUUGUUCUUUGAUUAGUAAAUGUCUUCCACUGUGAAAUUUUCUGGAGAAGAACCUCUAUAAAAAGGGCACAAAAUACUUACUGAGGAAGGCAUAUACAGGUUAGGCUUAAUCCUGUUUUGCAUUUCUGGUCAUUAAUUUAUAAUCUGUUCAAAUGGUUUGCAGCGCUUCUUGAAUUGUUAGAAAAUAUAUGUUUUAAUGAGAAAUAAAAAUAA